AUAUUUAAUUGAAUUAGGUUUUCUGCCCAUCCUGUAGCCAGUGGCCAAUAAUGACAAUGAUAGUAGCCAUUCUUUCUUCCUUACUUCUCAAUCCACCAAACCACUACUAUACAGGGGAUGCAGACGACAGCUCUCUGGCGUUCGUUUCAACUGAUUUUUUGGAUCAAAAUGGAAAGCAAACCGCUGAAGCAACAUAAACAACUCACAAUUUAGACAUUAAAAUAUCAGGAGGGGGGAGAAAAAACGAAAAGGAAAGAAAGAAAAGGAGGGAGGAAGAGCAGGAAAGCAACUCUACCCGUCAGAAAAAAAAAGCCCCAUCAUCUCUGGAGAUGGGUUCGUUUCUGUGAGUCAUCAAUCCCUGAAUUGCCUUUCAGCAGAGGAGAUAUAAUAAAAACCCAGGAAAGAAGGGGGAGGAGAAAAUGGAUCGACAAGCUAUGACUGUUGGACCAGGGAUGGAUAUGCCGAUUAUGCACGACAGCGAUCGUUAUGAGCUGGUUCGGGAUAUUGGGUCUGGGAAUUUUGGGGUGGCUAGGCUUAUGAGGGAUAAGCAGAGCAACGAGCUCGUUGCUGUCAAGUAUAUCGAGAGAGGUGAGAAGAUAGACGAAAAUGUGCAGAGGGAAAUCAUCAACCACAGGUCAUUGAGGCAUCCCAACAUUGUUAGAUUCAAAGAGGUCAUCUUGACACCAACUCAUCUGGCGAUCGUCAUGGAAUAUGCAUCUGGGGGAGAGCUGUUUGAGCGGAUAUGUAAUGCGGGUCGCUUUAGUGAGGAUGAGGCGCGUUUCUUCUUCCAACAGCUUAUAUCGGGAGUCAGCUACUGUCAUGCAAUGCAAGUAUGCCAUCGUGACUUGAAAUUGGAGAACACAUUGUUAGACGGCAGCCCUGCACCUCGCUUGAAGAUUUGUGAUUUUGGCUACUCCAAGUCCUCGGUGCUCCACUCACAGCCAAAAUCUACUGUGGGAACUCCUGCAUAUAUAGCUCCAGAGGUAUUAUUGAAGAAGGAGUAUGAUGGCAAGAUAAGGAUGGGAAUUCUUCUUCUUAAUCAGAUUGCAGAUGUAUGGUCUUGUGGGGUAACUUUAUACGUUAUGCUGGUGGGAGCAUACCCAUUUGAGGAUCCAGAUGAGCCUAAGAACUUCCGAAAGACGAUACAACGGAUUUUGAAUGUGCAGUAUUCGAUUCCUGACUACGUCCACAUAUCUCCAGAAUGCCAGCACUUGAUCUCCAGAAUAUUUGUAGCUGACCCAGCAAAGCGGAUAAGCAUACCAGAGAUUCGGAACCACGAAUGGUUUCUAAAGAAUCUCCCAGCUGAUCUUAUGGACGACAAUACGAUGAUGAGCAACAACCAGUUCGAGGAGCCUGAUCAGCCUUCCCAGAGCAUUGACGAGAUAAUGCAGAUCAUUUCAGAAGCCACGAUUCCUGCAGCUGGGACAAGAAGUCUGAACCAAUGUCUGACAGGGAGCCUGGACAUUGACGACGACAUGGAGGAGGACCUCGACACUGAUAAUGACCUCGACCUGGACAGUAGUGGGGAGAUAGUCUAUGCCAUGUAAGAAACUGCUAUUAGUUCACUACUGCAUGGCAUGGAAAAAGAUGGAUGAUGGUGAAAAAGGGGUAAUAAUUUGCAAGGAAACGGAGAAUGGAAAGUUGAAGGAACAUUUUGUUUUCUGUGAUGGAAAGUGUAUCUAAAGAAAGCAUGUAAUAUGUUAUAUUUGAAGAACUCUCUGUUUGGAACUGUUCAAAAAAUGUAUUUCAAGCCUCCAUUGAACAUUAUAUGGAAGGUGGUGUUUGUACUAAUUGGUGAAUAAGCUGUGUUACGUGACAAGUGAAGACGACUGUCAUUGCAUCAGCAUUUCAUUCCUUAAAUGUCUAAAUAUUGUGAGAUC